AUGUCUACCGUUGCCGGCGCUCUCAGAGAUAUUAGGGCAGGAUUAGGACACGCAAAGCUCAUUGCUGUCUCAAAGACAAAGCCAGUAGAGGCAAUUCUCGAGGCGUAUGCGGCCGGCCAGCGUCUGUUUGGAGAGAACUAUGUCCAGGAACUAGUGAAAAAGGCUGAGGCCGUGCAGGGCGUGGCAAGCGAUAUUGAGUGGCACUUUAUUGGCCACCUACAAACUAAUAAAGCACGAGACGUCGCCUUCAUUCCAAAUUGUGUUGUCCAGACAGUGGAUUCUGAUAGGCUUGCCAGGCGAUUGAGCGAAUUGCGACCAGAUGAGCUGGGUCCGUUACGGGUGAUGAUACAGAUUAACAUUAGCGGUGAGCUCACAAAAAGCGGGUGCACCGUCGAAGAUGCAAUUGAAUUGGCUCAGUUGAUUAGUGCCCUUCCUCGACUUAGACUUAUUGGACUCAUGACCAUAGGAGCCCCAGAUGCCUCGGAAUACUCCUUCAGAGCACUUGUGGACGCCCGCAAUGUCAUCGAGCAAGCCGUCAAGCUUGAGGAGAAGCUUGAGCUCUCCAUGGGGAUGAGUUCCGACUAUCAAUUGGCGGUGAAGAUGGGCGCUGACUACGUCCGAGUUGGAUCUGCCAUCUUUGGCGAGCGCACUUAUUCACAACAGAAGGGUCAACUUCAAAAUUCGGAUGAGUGA